AUGGCAUUGAAAUACUUUGAUGUCCGAAAGACUUCAGUCAAAGUUGCAUUCACUGUUUUCAUAAUCAUAUAUGGAUUUUGGAUCUAUUGGCACCACCAAGGGUCCGAGCCCAAGUAUUCACUUUCGUUGGAGCAACAGAAUGCGUGGUUCCAGCAGCAACGAGACACUGCUCCACCUGUUCAAUAUCUUGAAGAAGCAGUAGGAGUGAAUUUUUCUCUUCCUCAUGCUCCAAAAGCAGGGAAAACGGAACUAGAAACAGGCGGAUGGAUCUUGAAACCUGAAAAACUCCGAGGAGCUCAUCGUUUAGAUCCAUAUCUUUGCAAAGCCUUGGAGGAAACGCUGUUUCGAGGGAAGUCGGUUCUGGAUCUGGGUUGCGGAAUAGGCCUGUAUGGGAUUUGCUUCCUGAGACUCAAAAAUCACCCAUUUUCGGAUCCUGGGACAGAUAUUUUUACCAGGGCUGCCUCCGGGUCAUCCAAGGCAAUUCCGCCAUUUUCAUCAACAGCCGUCUUCACAGCUGCCAAAGUGGUGGCCAAUGUAGCGGCUGUGAAGGCGGCUGUUGAUGAAAAUGGCGGAAUCGCCUUCAAUGACCUGGAGGCAACCUCUGGCAUGAAUACCAUGUUGAUUUCAAGAAUUCUGAGGCAAAAGCAGGGCUACAACAAAAAAGGCACCCUGAAAGGGCUACGCGAAUGGUGGACUUCGACAAAGCCCAUGAUUGGGUCCUGGACUGGCUACGAUGGAAAUCCUCACGUUGAGGAUUUGACGUUUGGGUUGGUGCGCCGGUUUGACCUCAGCAAGCCAGGUUCCAUCGGCAAAACCUUUGACUGGGUCAUGAGCCUGGAAGUCGGAGAACACAUCCCUCGGGAAUAUCAG